AUGGCUUAUCGAUGCGUUAGUCAAAAGCAUUUGGCGGCACAUGUGAUGAGACACUCGACAAGCAGUGUGUUUAGAUGUGAUGUCAACGGCUGUCAGAAGACAUAUAAGUCAUCGUCUGGUAUCCCUAUCCACCGGCGGUCACACAGAACUGAACCAACGUUUAAGUGCUGUUUCGACGGCUGUAGCGAAAUGUUUCACAAAUUAAAUGAUAGGAACAAACAUCAAGUGAUGGUUCAUAAUCAGCGGCGGAAGUUAAAGGUGAAACGGAAGCGCCGGUGCCAAUGGCCCGGAUGUGAUUGGAUAGGACACGAGCUGCCCAAACACGAGCGCAUACACACUGGUUUGAAGCCGUACGCCUGUGAUUGGCCCGAUUGUGGCAAACGGUUCCGCUACGGGAGUGGACUCAGAGAACACAUGAAUGUUCACAACAAUAUUAAGCCGUAUGCGUGUCAUUGGCCCGGAUGUGAGUAUAGGGCCGCUAAUAGUGAAGACAAUCAACACUUCCGGACAUUAUCUCAAACAUUGGAUCAAUUGAAUGGUCAGAAGAGUACCACAAAUGACAGUCAUAUCAACACUGGAUCUAAUGUUCGAUUGAAGAGUCCAUCAAAUGAUCAACAAUUGGAUCAAUCAAGUGAUGAAACACAAGACGUUUGUGAAGACAUGUCUGAAGACUCGGAUGACAGCAAUGGUUGCGAUUUGAGCCCAAAUUUCAAAGAAGAUCUAAAAGACAAUUCAGUGGAACCGAUGAAUGCAAUGAAGAGUUUAAUCAAUACUAAACUGCAAUCACUUUUGAAAAAGAGUGUAAUUUCGUCGACAUCUCAGUCAUCACCACAAGAACUGAUCUGCAAAGACAUGAGUGGAAAACAAUUGAUCCCAAGAAGUGGUCGAAAAAUCCUAUGGAUGUAA